AUGGGUGUAAUACGCAAGAAGACCGCCUCGCGCGGCACCGAGGCUGGUACUAAGUUCCAUUGCGAUGUGUGCUCGGUCGAUGUCACAUCGACGGUACGCAUCUCGUGCGCGCAUCCUGCGUGCCAUGAAUACGACCUCUGCGUCCCCUGUUUCGCCGCCGGAGAGAAUUCGAAGAACCAUGACCCGGCCACACAUCCGUUUCAAGUGAUUGAACAGAACUCAGUCCCGAUUUUCCAGGAUGACUGGGGGGCAGACGAGGAGCUGUUGCUGUUGGAAGGCGCGGAGAUCUACGGGCUGGGCUCAUGGGCAGACAUCUCAGACCACAUUGGCGGCUACCGUGGCAAGGAUGAGGUACGCGACCACUACGUCAAUACAUUUGUGGACAGCCGACACUUCCCACUGCCAGACCGGGCAGACCCGGCGGACACGGAUCUCCAAGAAACCAUCUCCAAGGAGGAAUUCCAGUCACGCAAGAAACGACGAAUCGAGGAGCGCAAGGAGGCGGCCAAGGCAGCGCCGCCCACAACACCGAAGCAAAAGCCGACUGCCAGUGUGCCAGCAUGCCACGAGGUGCAGGGCUAUAUGCCGGGUCGUUUGGAGUUUGAGACCGAGUUCGUGAACGAGGCAGAGGAAGCCGUCCAGCACAUGCAAUUCGAACCGGGGGCGGGUAUCAACGCCGACGGCGAAAUGGAUGCUGAGGCGGAGCUCAAGAUGACUGUUGUUGACAUUUACAACUCGCGACUUACGGCACGCACCGAGCGGAAGAAGAUUCUAUUCGAGCAUAACCUUCUGGAAUACCGGAAGAACACUGCACUUGACAAGAAGCGGUCCAAGGAAGAGCGCGACCUACUGAACAAGGCGAAGCCCUUGGCGCGGAUGAUGAAUCGCAAGGACUUUGAGGAUGUCAACCGGGGUCUGGAGUACGAGCACAACCUUCGCCUUGCCAUUUCACAGCUGCAGGAAUGGCGGCAGAUGGGGAUUGGCGAUUUGAAGGCGGGCGAGAAAUACGAACAGGAUAAGCAGCAACGUGCACAGCGAUUACUACCCCAGGGUUCUUUCGAUCGCUUUGCCAGCGCGCGGCCCAAGCAAUCGCAGCUGCCGGAGCUGCCGGCGGGUGCGACUCAAUUGACAACUCCCGACCUUCCGCUGCGGCUGCAAAAUGCAGCGAAUCCCAACAAGCCGCAGGAGCCUAACAACGUGCCUCUCAACGACUUCGACCGCGCCUUUGCUGUUGAUGGCGACGCGCCUCCACCCCAGCCAGCCAAGACUAAGUACGUGGUACCGCAGCUUAGUGGGGUGCCUCCAUGGAAGCUGGAUAGCGACAGUGCUGCGGAUCUGCACCUUCUGACGCAGGAAGAGACCGAAGUGUGCAACGUGCUCCGUCUCAUGCCCAAGCCGUAUUUGGUUGUGAAGGAGACGCUGCUGAAGGAAGCAAUGAAGCAAGGUGGCAAUCUGAAGAAGAAAGAUGCCCGCACGAUCUGCAAGAUCGAGGGCACCAAGGCCAGUCGCAUUUACGAUUUCAUGGUGCACAGCGGGUGGAUCAACAAGGCGUAG